AUGGAAGCGUAUGAUGUUGGUCUUUAUGGGGAUGAUAAGAAGAUCCCCUAUUGGGGUUGGAAGGCGCUAUUCGAUGCUGGCUGGGACGGUGAGCGGAGAAAGGAGGCUGCGAAUGAUGAACCGCCGCGUGGCGUGAAGCAUGACAGGGAUGAAGGUGACCAUAACGAUGACGAGGAGGAUGAUAUAGGUGAGAACGCUGAUCAUGGCGAAGACAGUGACGAAGACCAAGGAAAGAGAAAGUUCGCGAAAAGGCAGGAUUCUAAGGAAACCAGGCACAUGGGAUGUAGUUGUGAGGAGAAAGAGGGAGACACAAUACUCGGCGUUCCUCUCGAAAUUUUUGUCCCUGUCUUUCAAGAGGUUCGACUUUCCUGA